AUGGAGCCCUCAGGCAUCCCAGAGUCCACCACUCCUUUUGACUAUGACGAUCAGAGCUUUCUGUGUGAGAGCAAGCACUUCGCCUUUGCUACCCUCAGCACCACAAUCCUGUACUUCCUGGUGUUUCUCCUCAGCCUGGUGGGCAACAGCCUGGUGUUGUGGGUCCUGGUGAAGUUCGAGAGCCUGGAGUCCCUCACCAACGUCUUUAUCCUCAACCUGUGCCUCUCAGACAUGGCCUUCUCCUUCUUGCUGCCGGUGUGGAUCCUGGGGUACCACUGGGGCUGGGUGCUGGGGGACUUCCUCUGCAAGCUCCUCAACAUGAUCUUCUCCAUCAGCCUCUACAGCAGCAUCUUCUUCUUGACCAUCAUGACUGUCCACCGCUACAUGUCGGUGGUGAGGCCCCUCUCGUCCAUGCGCGUCCACACCCUCCAGUGCCGCGUGCUGGUGACCGCGGCCGUGUGGGCGACCAGCAUCCUGUCCUCAAUCAUCGAUGCCAUCUUCCACAAGGUGUUUCCUUCGGGCUGCAACUAUUCGGAAGUCAGAUGGUUCAUAGCCUCGGUCUACCAGCACAACAUCAUCUUCCUGCUCUCCGUCGGGAUCAUCCUGUUCUGCUACGUGGAGAUUCUCAGGACCCUGUUCCGCUCGCGGUCCAAACGGCACCACCGGACGGUCCGGCUCAUCUUCACCAUCGUGGUGGUGUACUUCCUCAGCUGGGCUCCCUACAACCUGAUCCUGUUUCUGCAGACACUGCUGAAACUCAGGGUCAUCCAGAGCUGCGAGUUCAUCCAGCAGCUGGAUUACGCCUUGCUCAUCUGCCGCAACGUUGCCUUCUCCCACUGCUGCUUCAACCCGGUGCUCUACGUCUUUGUCGGGGUCAAGUUCCGCAGGCAUCUCAAAAGUCUGCUCCGGCACUUCUGGCUCUGUCGGCAGCAGGCGUCCAGCAUCCCCCCUCACACCCUGGGCACCUUCAACUAUGAGGGCGCCUCCUUCUUUUGA